AUUUUUGGUUCCAUAUUUCUUGAUCCUAAUAGUCUGCGGUGUGCCAUUGCUGUACAUGGAGCUGGCCAUCGGACAAUUCACGCGACGCGGUCCAAUCGGUGCUCUCGGGCAGAUAUGUCCGCUAUUUAAAGGUGCCGGUCUGUCUUCAGUGGUGAUAUCAUUCCUGAUGUCAACAUACCACAAUGUGAUAAUAGCCUAUGCGAUAUAUUACUUUUUCACGGCGUUCAAGGCCGACCCGCCAUGGUCGGGAUGCAAUAACUCCUGGAACACACCCGCCUGCUGGACCCUAGACUCAACUCACAAUCGCACACGAUUGAACACAUCGAGAACACCCUCCGAGGAAUUUUUCGACAACAAGGUCCUGCAAGUAAGUUCAGGGAUAGAGGAGCCAGGGAUAUUGAGAUGGGAAAUAGUGGCUUGCUUGGUGGCGGCGUGGGUGUUGGUCUACUUUUCCAUCUGGAAAUCGAUAAAAUCAUCAGCCCAAGUCAGAUAUUUGACAGCGACCCUGCCGUUCCUCCUCAUCUUCGUCUUCCUGACGCGCUCCCUGACACUCGAGGGCGCCGAGAAGGGCUUGCAAUUCUUCUUUCGCCCCAGGUGGCACUUGCUGGCUGACGCCAAGGUGCAGUAGACCCAUUCCCCCUCCAAUUCAACGUACAUCUAAUCGUAUUUUUUAUAGACCAUAACACUAAUUGGAUCACAAGGGUAUAUUUUUCCGUAGGUUUGGGUCAACGCAGCUGCGCAAAUAUUUAACUCAGUGGGAAUAGCAUUCGGAUCGAUGAUAUGUUUCGCUAGUUACAACAAAUUUCACAAU